CCUUGCUACAUGACUCUCCGGCGCCCGACACUGCGCUCCCACUGCGCUGCCGCCGCCGGUGCCGCCUCUGCCCGCGCCGCCGCCGCCGCCGCUGCUGCCCCGGCCGCAACUUUCCCCCGCCGACCAGUGUGUGAUGUUGGACAUGGGAGAUAGGAAGGAAGUGAAAAUGCUGCCGAAAUCCUCCUUCAGCAUAAACAGCCUCGUGCCCGAAGCCGUGCAGAGCGACAACAACCACAACAGCCACGGCCACCACAACAGCCACCACCCGCACCACCACCAUCACCACCACCACCACCACCACCACCCGCAGCAGCCGCCGCCGCCGCAGCCGCAGCGAGCGGCGCCGGCCGAGGAGGAGGAGGAGGAGAAGGGGCCGCUGCUGCUGCCGCCCCCCGCGGCCGCCGCCGGCAGCUCGGGCGCCCUGGACGUGCCCAAGGCGGAGAUGCUGGCGGGCAAGGGCGAGGCGGGCGCCGCCGCGGCCGAGCUCGACGAGAAGGAGAAGGCGGCCGAGGAGAAGAAGGCGGAGGGCGCCAAGGAGGGCGAGGGCGCCAAGGAGGGCGAGAAGAAGAACGGCAAGUACGAGAAGCCGCCGUUCAGCUACAACGCGCUCAUCAUGAUGGCCAUCCGGCAGAGCCCCGAGAAGCGCCUCACGCUCAACGGCAUCUACGAGUUCAUCAUGAAGAACUUCCCCUACUACCGGGAGAACAAGCAGGGCUGGCAGAACUCCAUCCGCCACAACCUCUCGCUCAAUAAGUGCUUCGUCAAGGUGCCCCGCCACUACGACGACCCGGGCAAGGGCAACUACUGGAUGCUGGACCCGUCCAGCGACGACGUCUUCAUCGGCGGCACCACGGGCAAGCUGCGCCGCCGCUCCACGACGUCGCGGGCCAAGCUGGCCUUCAAGCGCGGCGCCCGCCUCACCUCCACCGGCCUCACGUUCAUGGACAGGGCGGGAUCCUUGUACUGGCCCAUGUCCCCCUUCCUCUCCCUGCACCACCCGCGGGCCAGCAGCACUUUGAGUUACAACGGGACCACGUCCGCCUACCCCAGCCACCCCAUGCCCUACAGCUCCGUGUUGACUCAGAACUCCUUGGGGAACAACCACUCCUUUUCCACGUCUAAUGGGUUAAGUGUUGAUAGACUAGUCAAUGGAGAGAUACCUUAUGCCACUCAUCACCUCACAGCAGCCGCUCUGGCCGCCUCGGUGCCGUGUGGCCUGUCAGUUCCCUGCUCCGGCACCUAUUCCCUAAACCCCUGCUCUGUAAACCUCCUGGCAGGACAGACGAGUUACUUUUUCCCCCACGUCCCUCACCCUUCAAUGACUUCUCAAAGCAGCACUUCAAUGACGGCCAGGGCAGCCUCCUCGUCCACGUCGCCGCAGGCGCCCUCCACUCUCCCCUGUGAGUCCCUAAGACCUUCCCUGCCAAGUUUCACAACGGGACUUUCCGGAGGACUUUCCGAUUAUUUCACACAUCAAAAUCAGGGGUCUUCUUCAAACCCUUUAAUACAUUAACAUCCRUGGGAUCAGACUGUAAGUGAACAUUUUACACACAUUUGCAUUGUAAAUGAUAAUUAAAAGGAGAAAAAAAAAGAAAAAGCAAAACAAA